AUGGGACGAAAGCUCCCUCUUGGUCGCCAAGGAGAGGAGCGUGUAAGCGCUGCUGUCGCCAACUUGAAGGCGUAUCGUAGCAUCGGCGACAAACUUACGUUUGGUUACGGUCCCACAAGUAUUGUUCAAACCUUCGCGCAUGUCGACGGUCUCGCCCUCCUAGCAAUAUCGGCUGCACUAACGGAAGUGUACAACGAAAGCGUAGCUGCAACGGUACUCAAGGAAAUCCUCUUCAUCCUGGAUUUGCAGCGCGAAGCUACGCCUUUGCUACAAAGUUGGCUCAAGAUAGUUAGGGCUUGCGCUGGAGCGUUGGCAACGACAGGUUUUGGUGUCCUAGCCGAAGACUUAAUGAAGAAGCAUCCUACGGAGACAUCCCUGCCCAGUGCUACAGCUGCCGAAUUCCACGACAGCUGGAGGAGCCGCUCAAAGUCUCGAGAUAUCGCAAAGGCACUGGUCACUCUCGGCGAGAUAUCUCGCAAAGAGAUGGAGUCCGUGACUAUUGUUGGCGGUGGAGACAUAGGGUUCCUUGCUGCCGUCGCCGAGUGGCUCUUUGACAUGAAUAUUGCUAUUUACGAAAGCGAUGGCACGCCCCCGAUCUAUCCUAAGGCCAUGUCCGGGGCACCGAUUCAAGUGCGCUUUGUUUACCGGGAUCGAACAGCCACGUCAUCGCCUGAAAAGAUGGAGCUAGAUCUGUUCCAGUACACCAGGAAAGUGAUCUAUCUGAAAGACGUCUCGGAUGUACUUUGGGCAAACAAAGAGAAUGCAAAUAUCGAGAAUGUCGCAGCCGGUCGGCUUGAAUGGGAUCGUUGUUUAUCAGAUGUGUUCGGCAACACGUACGCGCAACUAAAGAAUAUGGACAACGUCUUUGGCAAGACGUUAGGUUAUGCGGCAAGGAUCUUCAAAGCUGUCGCAACAGCCGAACCGGGGAUCGAUAUCGAAACUCGCAGAAAUUGGAUCUAUUAUACAGAUGCUGGGAGUGGGUUUGGCUUUGUGCAGCAUCUCAUCAGCCGUUUCCCGGAGCUGCGCAUUUUCAAAGCCGCAAUGGACGAAGGCGCCGCCGAGGCAGUUCACCAGGAGGCGCGCAAAAAAUACGGUUUGUGUAUGACACUACUUGCGAGGUCGUGCAAGUGUGCUUGGUGCACUCCUGGAGUUCGUGAUAGGCCCAGAACAGGGUGGUGUGCAGUUGUUGUGGUUGAGACCAUCUUGAAAGCAGGGCUCAUCUUGUCCAAUGCUAUCGUUGAGCGCGGCCUAACUCCAAAGAGGAGCGGAUUUGAGCGAUUAUACGACAGGCAAACUGACGCCAGAGCGGAACCUAGAGAAACACCCGUAAAGUCAAUCGACUGGGUAAUCGAACCUGAACGAGGGCACGAGAUUCUCUAUUCAGUCGACCACAGAGUCCGAUCGAUGGUAGAUAGCGCCCUUGGGCUUUUCAGCAGCCACGAGGAUGAGAUCGAUCACGACAGCGGCUGCGCGUUCGUUGAGAAUGGUAUAUGUGCCUAUAGGAUGAUUCUCGAUAAUCUUUCGGUUCGCAACGAUACUGGAAUUACGCUUGCACAGAUUCGCAUCGUUCCUGGGCAAAUCUUGUGGCGUGACACGCCGUACUCACGGAUACAAGAUAUGUAUGUGGAACACGCGGACUUUGAAUGGAUCAACGAAGAUGGUAGGAUUGCGCCCGAAGAAUUAGAUUUCGAAAGAUCGUCUUUAUUGUUGGAGGAAUCGACAAAAAUGCUCAGUGCUUCCUUCCAGAUCACCAACUCUCAAGGCCGAAUCCUCCACGUUUUGCCCACUUACACUGCCAACGAGGUACUAGAACAUCACGGACUGGUCACAUGCGACCAUCGCCCCAAUACCUUUCGCAGAGAUCGAGCGACUCGAGAACGCAUCGAUUUUCAAAUCCAGAACGUCCAUGGAAAAGAAGUGACCAUGUAUCGAGCACCUCCUGGAGCUUCAGCCUUCGCUGCAUGGACGGUUGCCAAAAUACCUGCUGCCGCCCCAGAUGGGUAUGACGUUGUGUGCAAUACCAAGUGCAUGGAAUGUGCGCUGCACACGGCUGCAAUGCUCUAUCAUAGAAGCACGCAUCCGCUUCUGAUAAUGCGUACCGACACUUGA